AUGGCCCAACUAACAGUGUUACUUGUCACCAUUUCUGUACUGAUCUUGUUAAUUUUAUGGUACAAGUUCAAACUUUCAAAGUCAUCAAAUAGUGCACCAUCAUUGCCACCAGGUCCCAGUUCAUUGCCAAUUGUUGGGUACCUCCCGUUUCUUCGUCAUACAGACUUGCACACACAGUUCACCAACAUGGCUCACACCUAUGGCCCCAUCUUCAUGUUUAAGUUGGGAAGCAAGCUUCAUGUUGUAAUAAAUACUCCAGAGUUAGCAAAGGUGGUGGUGCGUGACCAAGAUGAGGCCUUUUGUCACCGUGACCAGACGAUAGCAGCCUUAGAAAUGUCUUAUGGAGGCCAAGAUAUAAUAGUUUCCAACAACAAUGACAAUUGGCGUAAGCUUCAAAAGAUAUUUGUUCAUAAGAUACUAAGCAAAACGAGUCUUGAAGCAAGUCGUUCUCUUCGAAGGGACGAAGUUAGAAAAACAAUCAAAAAUAUUUUUGGAAAAAUUGGUACCACGGUUAAUAUUCGAGAUAUUGCUUUCUCUACACAGACGAACCUCCUAACAAGAAUGAUCUGGGAAAACAUAUCAGAUAAGGGGGAGAAAAAUGACAAUCUUGCGGCUGACCUAGAUAUAGCGGCUUCAAACAUUGUUCGAAUAUUUGGACUAGUGAAUUUGUCUGAUGUGUUCCCGAGUCUUGCAUGGUUUGAUCUACAAGGGAUCGAGCGGGACAUGAAGAAGCAACGUAACAAGUUGGAUCAAAUUUUCACUAGCAUAAUUAAAGAUCGAAUCGAAUCCAACUCAAAAGAGUCACAAGAUGGAGAGCAGCAGUGUGAAGGAAAGAAAGAUUUUUUACAAAUCUUAUUAAGUCAUAUGGACCAAAAAGAUACAACAUCGCUUAACAUGACUCAAAUAAAGGACAUUAUGAUUGCUGGAACAGAAACAACUGCAACAACCAUAGAAUGGGCCAUUGCAAGUAUUAUGCAUAAUCACAACGUAAUGAAAAUACUUCAAGAAGAAUUAGCAGAAAUUGUGGGACUUAACAACGUUGUUGAAGAAUUUCAUCUCCCAAAACUAAUAUACCUAUAUGCAACGAUUAAGGAAACAUUACGCAUGUAUCCUAUUCUUCCUUUCCUAAUUCCCCGAUCACCAAGAAAGGAAUGCAUGGUAGGUGGAUACAAAAUCCCAAAAGGUAGUACAAUAUUUCUAAAUGUUUGGUCAAUCCAUCGGGAUCCUCAAUACUGGGACAAUCCCUUGGAAUUCAAUCCCGAGAGGUUCUUCAAGAGCAAAUGUGAUACCAAUGGAAAUGAUAUGAAGUUUUUCCCAUUUGGAUCAGGGAGAAGAAUGUGUGCGGGUAUUUCAUUGGCUGAGAAAAUGCUCAUGUUUAUCUUGGCUUCGCUCUUGCAUUCGUUUGACUGGAACUUGCCCAAAGGUGAAGACCAUGACCUUACGGAAAAAUUUGGCAUUACACUAAAGAAAAGAAAACCACUUGUUGCUAUACCAUUCCAAAGGUUGCCAGAUGUGCGCCUAUACAUGUAAUCUUGUAGGACUUGUUUACAUGGUUCAGGUCAACAUUAAUGGUUGUGGCUGAGUUAUGUCAUAUAUGUUAGGUUCAUCGACACUUUAUGGAUUUCUAGUAUGUGCGACCUUUUCCGAUGUAUGAUCAUGAAUAAGGACACUUAUAUGUUCAACUAA